CAGACGUGGCCGCCGACGGUGCCGGUGGUGCGGAUGUUCCCCGGGGGCGACGUGCCGCGCGGCGAGGAGGUUGAGUACACCGGUGAUCAGCAGUACCGGACGACCAAAGCCGAGCUGCGCGAGCUCGAGAGGCUGCACAACGUGCAGUACGACGAGCUGCGCAUCGCUGCAGAGUGCCACCGGCAGGUCCGCAAGUACAUGCAGAGCUACAUCAAGCCCGGCAUGCUCAUGACCGACAUUUGCGAGACGCUCGAAAACAUGAACCGCGCGCUCGUGGAGGAGAACGGGCUGCGGGCGGCGACGCCUAGAUGCGAGACACACACACUCCUGUGCUGCAUGCGCGCUCGAGAAGCGGGGAUCGCCUUCCCGACAGGGUGCUCGAUCAACCACGUCGCCGCGCACUGGACGCCUAACUCGGGCGACAAGACCGUGCUGCAGCACGGCGACGUCUGCAAGAUCGACUUUGGGACGCACGUCAACGGCCGGAUCAUCGACUCGGCCUGGACGGUCCACUUUGACCCGACGUUCGACCCGCUGGCGGCGGCGGUCAAGGAGGCGACGAACACGGGCAUCGCGGCGGCCGGCAUCGACGCGCGGCUGUGCGACAUCGGCGCCGCCGUCCAGGAGGUGAUGGAGUCGCACGAGGUUGAGAUUGGCGGUAAGACCUUUCCGGUCAAGCACUCGAUCGGGCCGUACCAGAUCCACGCAGGCAAGAGCGUCCCCAUCGUCAAGGGAGGCGAGAGCACGCGCAUGGAGGAGGGCGAGCUGUACGCCAUCGAGACCUUUGGCUCGACCGGCAAGGGCUACGUGCGCGAGGACCUCGAGUGCUCACACUACAUGAAGAACUUUGAUGUGGGGCACAUCCCGCUGCGGCUGCCCAAGGCCAAGAGCCUGCUCUCCUUCAUCAACAAGAACUUCGACACGCUCGCCUUCUGCCGCCGGUGGAUCGACCGCGCCGGCGAGGAGAAGUACCUGCUCGCGCUGCGCAACUUGUGCGAUGUUGGCAUCGUACAGCCUUACCCGCCACUCUGCGACAUCAAGGGGUGCUACACGGCUCAGUACGAGCACACGCUGAUACUGAAGCCCACCGGGAAGGAGAUCCUGUCGAGGGGAGACGACUACUAAAUGGUUCUACAGGUCAACGGGGCAGGUCAGCCUCACACGCACGUCGACUAGUCCGCCAAAUCUUUGCGUCUCUUCUCACUUCUGUGAGAAUUUUCACGAGGCAGAGCUUGUCGUGAGAACUGCUGCUUAUUUUACGCGUUCACUGCAUACACACGAUUAAACGAACCCCGUCAGUGCUUAGUGCUUUGAUCUCAUGACAAUACGCGUU